AUGACGAUUGUCGCGAGACACAACAUGUACGCACUGAAAUACUGGUUCUGUGAAACUUUGUGCCUGGUAAACAUAAUUGGCCAGUUGUACCUAAUGAACCACUUCUUUGAUGGAGAGUUCUUCAGUUAUGGCUUGCGUGUGGUGGCAUUCUCAGAACAGUCUCAAGAGGAACGUGUUGACCCAAUGGUUUAUGUGUUUCCGCGUGUAACAAAGUGCACAUUCCACAAAUAUGGUGCUUCAGGCUCUAUACAGAAACAUGAUUCACUUUGUGUACUUCCUCUCAAUAUAGUCAAUGAGAAAACUUACAUUUUCCUGUGGUUUUGGUACAUUAUACUAGCAGCACUUUUAUCUGUACUAGUUGUUUAUAGAGCAGUUAUUUUAGCUGUACCUUCUGUACGGCCAAUACUAUUGCACGCACGUAACCGUAUGGUACCAAAGGAGGUCACAAAUGCAAUAUGUCGUAAGACAGAUGUUGGAGACUGGUGGAUUCUGUAUAUGCUUGGACGUAACAUGGAUCCUAUGAUUUAUGGAGAAGUUAUAGCUGACCUUGCAAAGAAAAUUGAGACUCCUUCGAGUAAUAAUCCUUGACUGAAGUGUUACUGACUCUACUCAAAAAUUCAGUUGUGCUUCAUACUCAAGAUGUUGACUGAAUACGGUACUGCCAUACUGUGUUGUCACUAUUAUUGCACCUGGUAAUUAGAAUAAAUUUGUAAUGAAAUAUUUUGUGUUGUGUAUGCUAUUUCAGUUGGCUCAUUCUGGUUUUCUAAAGCAUGUGGCAUGUGUAAUUAAUCAUUUUGAAGGCAAUUUAGGAUUGUAUGUGAUCUGACAAAGAGUCGGCUUUUUAUAAUGUAUAUAAUUUUUGU